GGUGCCAGGAACACAGCCAGCCCCAGCCCUUUCUGUGUUCCCCGGUAAGGAACCAUAGGACUCUUACGGCAGCAAGACGCCUGUCCAUGGGGCUGCUAUAUAACCCCCUCCCCACACACCAGACUAAGGGAGAGAAAGCAGGAAAGGGACCAACGAGGAGGAGGGAGUCCAAGGUCCCCAGCUUUGUCUCGGUCUCAUCUCUCCUGUUCUCCUUCCCGUGUCUCAUUCCAACGAUCAAUUCUGCCCAUCUGCCCUGUGAUGCCUCCCAAUCUGACCGGCUAUUACCGAUUCGUCUCCCAAGACAACAUGGACGGUUACCUUCGGGCUUUAGACAUUAAUGUGGCCCUGAGAAAACUGGUUUGCCUCCUGAAGCCAGACAAGGAGAUAAUCCAUGCUGGAGAUCACAUGACCAUCCGCACAAUCACCUCACUGCGCAAUUACAUCAUGGACUUUGACCUGGGAAAGGAGUUUGAAGAGGACCUGGGGCCAGUGGAUGGACGCAAGUGCCAGACAGUCAUCUCCUGGGAAGGGGAUCAGCUGGUGUGUGAGCAGCAAGGAGAGAAGAGGAACCGGGGCUGGAGGCACUGGCUGGAGGGGGACUAUCUGCAUCUGCACAUGACAGCAGAAGAUGAAGUUUGUGUACAGAUCUUCCAGAAAGUGAAGUAACCACAACACCUUCCCAGUACUGAGCACUAACCCAUUUGGACAGAACUAGUUUCAUUGCAGAGUCAAGACCAAAGCUAUCAAAUCUGCCCCCCCCCCACCACACACACACUUUGGGAUAAAAAAUACAAGUGGCCAAAACCUC